AGGGGCGUGGGUCCCACCUUCUUUUUCCUUUUUUUUUUUUUUUUUUAAAUUCUCACCACUAUACAUACCAUAAUUACAUGUAUAUAUAUAUAUAAAGAAAACACAAGACAUUACAUUGCAGAUGUUCAAGAAAUGGUGCAACAGCACAAUAGUUUGCAAAAACAGCUUCUUGUUGACACCUUAGAACUGUGUCCUGGCAUUGCUGACGUCAAUAGUGGAAUCAAGAAAGUACUAAUUGUUUUUGAUGAUGUGAAUGAGAGCUCUCAACUUGCUAGUCUUUUGGGAAAGAAUGAUCAGUUUGGCUCUGGAAGCAGAAUCAUAGUUACAACUAGAGACAAACAUGUUUUAAAUGCUCUUGGUGUUGAUGGGUUUUAUAAACCCUCACGUUUGAAUAAUGUGCAAUCUCUUCAACUUCUCAGCAUUCAUGCCUUUAGAAUUAUCUUUCCUCCAGAAGAUUAUGUUAGUAUCUCUAAAAAGAUCGUGUCUGUAACUUUUGGGAUUCCCCUCGCCCUUGAGGUUAUAGGAUCAUUUCUAUCUGACAAAGUUUUAUGGAUAGAUACAUUGAAAAAGUUGAAGAACAUACCGGACUUUGAAGUCCAAAAAAAACUGAGCAUAAGUUAUGAAGCACUAAAUUAUGAGCAACAACAAAUAUUUCUCGAUAUUGCUUGUUUUUUUGUUGGGAUGGAUAAAACAUAUGUAUCUUACAUGUGGGAUGGUUGUGACUACAAUCCAGAGAAGGAAAUAAAUGUUCUAUGUCUAAUGUCUCUGGUAAAAAUAGGAGAUGAUAAUUUGUUGAGGAUGCAUCAUCAACUUAGAGAUCUAGGAAGGGAAAUUGUUCGUCAAGAAAGUUUCAAGAAUCCAGGCUAUCGUAGUAGAUUGUGGAAUCACAAGGAAGCCUUGGACAUAUUGGAGGGACGGAGGGGAACAGAAAAGGUUGAAGCCCUGAGUCUUCACUUUGAAUUAAGGCCUGAAAGGAAGCCUCGCUUUACGAGUAAGGAAUUCACAAAACUAGAAAAUCUAAGAUAUCUCUGAGUGGAUGGAGCAGAAAUUGUUGGGAAUUUUGAGCAUCUUCUGCCCAAGUUAAGAUGGCUUAAUUGGCACAGGUGCCCUCCGCAGUUUAAGCCUACCAAUUUUCAUUUGAAGAAUCUAGUCAUUGUUGAUCUAUCAAACAGUGGCAUCACAGAAGAUUGGGGGGGUUGGAAUCAAUUAAAGGUGGCAAAUAAGUUGAAAGUUCUACAACUGGCUAAUUGUGCAUUAAGGAGAACUCCAGACUUUUCAUCAUAUGCAACUCUGGAGAUAUUGAUUGUUCGACGCUGCAAAAGUUUGCUUGAAAUUGACCCUUCCAUUGGUAAUCUGAAGAAUUUAAGAGUGCUUGACAUUUCAUAUGCUGAUAUAAGGAAGUUACCUGAUGAAAUUUGGAUGUUAAAGAAGCUGGAAAUGAUAGAUGUGUCAUCAUGCUAUUACCUUCGGGAGGGAAUUCCUAGUGAUAUAGGGAGCCUAUCAUCUUUGAGAUUCUUGAACUUUUAUAAUAACAAAUUUCAAAGCCUACCACCGAGCAUUUGGGGGCUCUCUUGCCUCCAAACCCUUGAAUUGGUUGGCAAAAGGCUUCAAUUGCUGCCAGAGCUUCCCUGGAAUCUGAGGACUUUGGAAGUUGCUUGUAUCCCUGUUCAUACCGGUUCUGUUAAUUCACGGGGGUUACACCUUAUUGUGGACUUUGAGUUUGUGGAGGUCCCUAGUAGUAUUGGGCAAUUAUGGAGUUUGGAGAGAUUGUUCUUCAAUUCUACCAACAUUAGGACCCUACCCCAAGAGACUUUUGCCCUUCCCCAGCUGAAGUGGCUCGAUGUACAAUUCUGUCACAAUCUUCAGUUUUUACCUACGUUACCUUCAAGUCUGGUCAAUUUAUCUCUUACAUUUUGUCCUUUACUGGAAACUUUGCCGGAUCUAUCCAACUUGACAAAUUUGCAGCAAUUAUCAUUUAAAAAUUGCAUUAAGUUAAAAGAGAUUCCAGGGAUUGGAAAAUUAGAAUCAUUGAGAAAGUUGGGCUUAUAUUCGUGCCAUAAGCUAGCCAAUCUUGAUCUGCUUGAACAGUUUUCAUGUUUAGAAUCCUUGGAGAUGAGUGGGAGUGAAGACCUUGAUGAAAAGCCAUAUCUGUCAAACCUAAAGAAGUUAGAAAUAGUAUCUAUUUCUGAUUGUGCAGAACUCAAUAAAAUCCAAGGACUUGGCAAAUUAACUUCAUUGAAAUAUUUGUUUUUGCAUCGUUGCACGAAUUUACAUUGGAUUGAAGACCUUGGGGCUUUGAAAUCUUUGGUGGCAUUGGACUUGUCCGGGUGCACAUUACUAAAUCAACACCCAGUUGCGCCUCAGUUGCCCUUGGACAAACAGAUGAGUGCAUCAUUUGACCAGAGUGUUUUUGAGGUGGAUUGUGUGCCGCUUUGGGGAUUUACAUCUAUGUGUGGAAGGAGACCAGAGAUGGAAGAUGCAGUUGCAACUGUACCUCAAUUUUGGAAAAUUCCAAUUCAAAUGCUUAUCAGUGACCGGCUAGUUGAUGGCAUGAGCUGGUUUUCAAGUCAUUUGUCAGCUCAUUUCUUUGGAGUCUAUGAUGGCUACGGAGGCUCUCAGGUUGCAAGCUGUUGUUGUGAUCGAGUUCAUUUUGCUUUGACUGAGGAGUUGGAAAAUGUUAUGGCCAGCUCCAAUGAUGGAAAUAUUAAGGGUAAUUGCCAAGAGCAGUGGAGAACAGCAUUCACCAACUGUUUUCUCAAGGUUGAUACUGAGGUCGGAGGACAAGAUGAUAUUGGACCUGUUGCUCCUGAAACUGUUGGUUCUACUGCUGUUGUAGCUAUCGUUUGUUCAUCUCAUAUCAUAGUGGCAAAUUGUGGUAAUUCAAGAGCAGUCCUGUGUCGUGGGAAAGAGCCUGUGGCAUUGUCUGUAGAUCACAAACCGGAUCGAGGAGAUGAAUGUGCAAGGAUUGAAGCAGCUGGAGGAAAGAUCAUACAUUGGAAUGGGCCCCGAGUUUUUGGCGUUCUUGCAAUGUCAAGGUCCAUUGGGACGUAUACUGUAUCUGAAGACAUUUUAUCGCCAUGUUAGUACGUAGGUUCUAACAAGAUGUACCAUUAUGAACAAUGUCAAUUAGGGUGACAGAUAUUUGAAACCAUGGAUCAUUCCAGAUCCAGAAGUGAUGUUUAUUCCUCGAACAAAAGACGAUGAAUGCCUCAUUCUGGCCAGCGAUGGUUUAUGGGAUGUCAUGACGAAUGAGGAAGUUUGUGAUAUUGCU